UCCCGUUACAACCCAGGGAUCACAAACACAGCAACUACAGAAGCAUUAUGGCAUUACCUCACCUAUCAGUUUAGCUGCCCCCAAGGAGUUUGACUGCAUGCUUACCCAGAAAUUAAUUGAAACCCUAAAACCUUAUGGUGUAUUUGAAGAGGAGGAGGAACUGCAACGCAGGAUUCUAAUUUUGGGAAAAUUAAAUAACCUGGUAAAAGAAUGGAUACGGGAAAUCAGUGAAAGCAAGAAUCUUCCACAGUCUGUAAUAGAAAAUGUUGGAGGAAAAAUUUUUACAUUUGGAUCCUAUAGAUUAGGGGUUCAUACAAAAGGUGCUGAUAUUGAUGCCCUGUGUGUUGCACCAAGACAUGUUGAAAGAAGUGAUUUUUUCACAUCGUUUUAUGAAAAACUGAAACAACAAGAAGAAGUUAAAGACCUGAGGGCUGUUGAAGAAGCUUUUGUUCCAGUUAUUAAACUUUGUUUUGAUGGAAUAGAGAUUGAUAUUUUGUUUGCACGAUUAGCACUGCAAACUAUUCCUGAGGAUUUAGACCUACGAGAUGAUAGCCUACUUAAAAAUUUAGACAUUAGAUGCAUACGAAGUCUUAAUGGUUGCCGGGUAACCGAUGAAAUUCUGCAUCUAGUACCAAACAUUGACAACUUCAGGUUAACACUGAGAGCUAUCAAACUGUGGGCAAAACGCCACAACAUCUAUUCCAAUAUACUAGGCUUCCUUGGCGGUGUUUCCUGGGCUAUGCUAGUAGCAAGAACUUGCCAGCUUUAUCCAAAUGCAAUAGCAUCAACUCUUGUACAUAAAUUUUUCUUGGUAUUUUCUAAAUGGGAAUGGCCAAAUCCAGUGCUAUUGAAACAGCCAGAAGAAUGCAAUCUUAAUUUGCCUGUAUGGGACCCAAGGGUAAACCCCAGUGAUAGGUACCAUCUUAUGCCUAUAAUUACACCAGCAUACCCACAGCAGAACUCUACCUACAAUGUGUCCGUUUCCACACGUAUGGUCAUGGUUGAGGAAUUUAAACAAGGUCUUGCUAUCACAGAUGAAAUUUUGCUGAGUAAGGCAGAGUGGUCCAAACUUUUUGAAGCUCCAAACUUCUUUCAGAAGUACAAGCAUUAUAUUGUACUUCUAGCAAGCGCACCGACAGAAAAACAGCGACUAGAAUGGGUGGGCUUGGUGGAAUCAAAAAUCCGUAUUCUAGUUGGAAACCUGGAGAAGAAUGAAUUCAUUACACUGGCUCAUGUGAAUCCACAGUCAUUCCCAGCACCCAAGGAGAAUCCUGACAAGGAAGAAUUCCGUACAAUGUGGGUGAUUGGGUUGGUGUUUAAGAAAACAGAAAAUUCUGAAAAUUUAAGUGUUGAUCUUACCUACGACAUUCAGUCUUUUACAGACACAGUUUAUAGGCAAGCAAUAAACAGCAAGAUGUUUGAGAUGGAUAUGAAGAUUGCUGCAAGGCAUGUGAAACGUAAGCAACUUCACCAACUGCUACCUAAUCAUGUGCUUCAGAAAAAGAAAAAGCAUUCAACAGAAGGAAUCCGGUUGACAGCUCUCAAUGACAGCAGCCUAGACUUAUCUAUGGACAGUGAUAACAGCACGUCUGUGCCUUCGCCUACUAGUGCUAUGAAGACGAGUCCAUUGAACAGUUCUGGAAGUUCUCAGGGGAGAAGCAGUCCUGCGCCAGCUGUAACAGCAGCAUCUGUGACCAACAUACAGGCUUCUGAAGUCACUGUGCCACAAAUAAAUUCCAGUGAAAGCUCAGGGGGUACUUCAAAUGAAAGCAUUCCUCAAACUGCCACACAACCAGCCAUUUCUCCACCACCAAAGCCUGCCAUCUCUAGAAUUGUUUCCUCAGCGUAUCUAUUAAAUCCAUCACCAAGAACUUCAGGAAAUGUUGCAACAAAAAUGCCUAGCCCUGUCACAGCUGUGAAAAGGACAUCUUCUCCCCAUAAUGAAGAGUCUCCCAAGAAAAUGAAAAUUGAAGAGGAUGAAAUAAGUGAAGAUACUAGCUGUAUAGAUUUGAAUGAACAGGAAAAAAUGGAUACAAAGGAGCAACUUGAGACAGAAGUGAAUGUUAAUUCUCAAACAGAAACUCUUCAGACAACUUCUCUGCAAGCUCCUCAGAAAACACCUAGUACAGACCUUUCAGAUAUCCCUGCUCUCCCUGCAAAUCCUAUUCCUGUUAUCAAGAAUUCAAUAAAAUUGAGAUUGAACCGGUAAAAACAACCUCAGGGGUCCAUAAACAGUAUCUGCCAACUCAACCUGUUGUCUUCUAAUGCUAGAAAAAAAGGAGAAUGGAGGGUGCAAGACUAGAACAUGAUCGCAAAUGGAUUUAGGUAUAUUUUGUGCACUUCCUUUUCUGGGCUAAAAUCACCACUUGAUUGGAAGUCCAGGUUAGUAUGUGAAGCCAGGAGUACAAUUAAUGUGUUAGCAACAGUUACAUUAAAUAUUUUGAAGGAUUACUGCCUUUAAAAACAUGAACACUAUUUGUAGCCAUAUUUGACAUUCUGAUUGAAUUUGUUUUGAUGCAUUGUUUCAAAAUUGAGAUAAAACUGGCAUAAGAAUCCCUUAAAUGCACUUUUAUGUACUUUUUUUAUUGGAGUAUGACUAAUUUUAGAUCUUCAGCUGAUACACUUUUGUUUUAUUGAAGAAUCUCUUCAAUAGUAGUAAUCUGCAAAUUGGAUGAUGUUCUAUGAUAUACUAUACAUUGAAACCAAAGUGUAUAGUCUAUCUAGUUCAACUGCCUUCAAGAAGCAGUAAGCCUUGAAAAUGAAAUGUCAAAUCUUGAGGUUAUAAGACAUAAGUUGAGGAAGUAAUUGGGAAGUCUUGGUAUUGGCGGGAUGUGAUUAAGAUGUGGUCUACUUUUAUUUAUAGGAUUGUUUUAAGGUGCAUACAGAUCAGCAAUCAAACAGUGAAUAAACUUUCCUUUGAGCUC